GUUUUCCUUCUUUCAGGCACAAAAAUUAAUGAGCUGCAUCUUUGGCGUGGAUUAGAAAAUUGCACUGCGGCGUUGGCAGGGCUUACGCCGGCACCAGAACUUUAAAGCCUCGCGUUGAGGGCUACGAGGAACAAAGAAGAUGGAUCACAUGUCUCCCAGGCUGAGGGCCUUCCUCUCUGAACCCAUUGGAGAAAAGGAUGUUGUCUGGGUAGAUGGGAUCAGCCAUGAGCUUGCAAUCAAUUUGGUCACCAGAGGUUUCAACAAGGCCUACACCCUGUUGGGACAAUUCCUCUUGAUGCACAAGAACGAAGCCGAGUUCCAGAAGUGGCUCAUUUGCAGCUGUGGCGCCACGGAGAGUGAGGCCCGGGAGAGUUCUGACUGCCUGAAGGAGUGGUGCUCCUGCUUCCUGUGAAGACUCCGCCUCCUCCGCCGGACGCCUGGGUAAACGGCCACGUUCUGCAGCGAGACCUGGGUUCCGAGUCGUUAUUUUUGUUUUUAACUUUGAUGAUACACACUCCUUAUAAAAAGAGUUCAGAGGCCGGCCCUGUGGCAUAGCGGUUAGGUGCGCCGGCUCUGCUGCUGGUGGCCCGGGUUCGGAUCCCGGGCGCACACUGAUGCACCACUUAUCAGGCCAUGCUGUGGUGGCGUCCCAUAUAAAGGGGAGAAAGAUGGGCACAGAUGUUAGCCCAGGGCCAGUCUUCCUCAGCAGAAGGAGGAGGAUUGGCAUGGAUGUUAGCUCAGGGCUGAUCUUCCUCACAAAAAAUAAAUAAAUAAAUAAAAAGGAAAGAAAAAAGUAGUUCAAGAAUAUAAGAAAGGACAAACACAAGAAAAAUGAUGCCAAAGUCCACCACCAGAAAUAACAUUCAUCUUACACAAAUAUCAUGCCAAAUCUCUCUUAGUAUAAAUGUAUGUAAAAGAAUGGAUAGUUCUAUUUAAAAGUGGGAAUUAAAAUUGUCAGUGUAUUAGUUAUCUAUUGGUGCAUAACAAAUGAACCCAAAACAUAGCAGCUUAACAUAAACAAUAAUCUUAUCUCACAUAGUUUCCCCAGGUCAGGAACUGAGAGCUGCUUAGCU